AUGAAUACAGACACCUCGGAACGCCUGAAAAGGCUUCAAAUGGACGAUCUUGGCACAGCCAGACGAGAAUAUAUCUCAACGAAGGAUGAUAUGCGACAUGCCAACUUGGACAUUAACGUGGGACUGGAAGACAUCGAGGCAAUCAGGGAGUCCAACGUGCCUGGAACACAAGCCCAGUUCAUGGCGGAGAAGAACAAGACAAGACUCGCAGCCUGGGCAAAUGUCUACAAGACAAUAGGGGACACUGAUGAUCUCGAGAACCUCGACCAGAUGUUAAAGGGCCAGACUCACCGUUUUGGACUCUCCAAUGCGAUGUCUUUGAAGCGGCUCACCACUACGAGGGGAGGUAUGAGUCGUGGUCGUGGAGGAGGCGUAGCAGGGACACGGGGGCGCCAGAGAAAGCCAGGCGUAUCGGAUGUGGAUAGUAGAUCUCUGGGUCAAGUAGGCGUCUGGAGGACCGGCAAUCAUGCCUCAAACGCACAACCCCGCGCGAUGGGAGCAAAUCGGAUGCAGAGUUGUGAGGCUCCAGCUGUGCCCACAUCCGUCGUCACUGCUCACCAAGUAUCCCUAGACUCCCAGAAGCCGAAAUCCGGUCAAAAGACCAAAGUUCGGCGGCCCAUUGUUGUAGAGAUCAGCACCCCUGAAGACUUUAUGGCAGCUGUUCACAAUGUAGUUGGCGGCGCGAACAAUGCCAUCAUGAACACUGCUGUUGCAAGAGCUGUGACUAACAAUGAUAGUUCGGGGUCAAGCCAACCACCUCCUUCUGCGAACAAGAAUAACCCAAGCCAAGCCUCCUCUCGCGCUACGCAACCUGCUUAUAGAGCAGAUGAUGGACCAAACCAAAGACCCGCUUCUAUCACCAGAAAUGUGGCCCAAGCCCUUCCUCGGAAAUCUCCCACUUCUCAGGUCCAAGCUCCGCAAGCUCUUUCUAGAAAGCCUUCGCUUUCCGAGCCCGACGCAGUGAGAGAAGCAAGCAAGCGAACACUUCCCACAGCAAAGACUACAAGCCAAGUCGUUCCAUUAAAGCGAGAUGUGGGGCCAGACUCCAAGAGGCCAGAUCUUACAGGGAAACAGAAUUCUACGAACAAGGCAAUUUCAGCAAGCGAGAUCGUCGCGAAAUUGCCUCCCGCCAGGUCAGAGCCCAAACCUGAUACACUGGCUAUAACUACGCCGAAGGAAGCCAGCCACGCCAGUACUUCUGUCCUGCAAGAUAAGGAGGAGAUGAAAGCAUCUCCGCCGGCAGCUGGUGGAGUGCUCGUCGAUUUCAGCGCCCCAACGCCACCUGAGGGUGGUCUGGGUGAACAGGAUUCAACCGCUACAGCUAUAAUGAGUCCUUCUUAUCUCCUGCUACAGGGACUAGAUUUUCGGCAGAGUAGUAAACGAUCUUCUGGUCAACACGACUCAUCGUGUAGUGAAGCUUCCUCAACAUCAACAAAGUUUCCUAACACCGAGAGAGCUCUUUUCAGCAAAGGAACCUCUACCGCUGAGAAUUCAAUCGACACGGACAAAUUGGCGGGUGACGACGAAAUUGAGAAGCUUUGCGACCACUUGAAAUCCAUCUCUUUGUCGGACGAAGGCCGCCAAUGGCUGACCGAGCAUCUUGACCAUCUCGUCAGAGGUAUAACCGGUAGAAAGGAAUUUGAUUCCAAACACCAACCUUACCGUGAAGGAGCGGAACAUCAUAAAGCUCAUAACCAGAUGCCGCUUGAGGCUAGUUUAGUGCUCACGAAUAUUCCAUCUAACGCAGCCACAGGUGCAAAGUCCCCUUUGACGCCUCUUGCGCAUGAGUCACAGAUCAAAAGCCCUGUUUCGCAGACACGUCUGAAAGUGGAUGCGCCGAUAUUCUACCCAAAGAAGUCUCAAACGUCAGCCGUCAGCACGGCCAGCCAAGCAAACACUGAGCAGAUACGUCGUGGACCUCCUCCUUCUACCAGCCUAGCAAAUACUGGGCAAGCACAUAGCACACCGCCUCCUGUCAGAAUCUCUGGUGCUCAUUUGUUCGGUGACCAUUUGCUUCCAGGGAGGAGUGGGAACCCUUUCACUCCUUUGGCCCAAAAUGAUCUGCCCCCAAGUAGGGGUGGGACUCGACGACCUCUUAACGCUUCUGCCUUAAGUGCUCAACCCGUCUCGGUCUUCCAAGAUUUGCAGGUGCCAUCAUUCACUGGGCGGUUUGGACCCAGCACUCCCACUUCAACUCCAGGCAAACGGAAGUCAACAACUCCAUCACUAUCACAGACAGACGCAAACUCGGCUUCGCCUGCAUUGCAAAAGUCCAUGCACGCUCCAAAAACGUCAGAGAAUAAGUCGCCAGCAGCUUUGGCUCCCCCAAAAGGACUGGAGAGCUCCAAAUAUGCAAUGCCUGCGUCAGACAAGCCGCUUCGCUGA